UGGCAAUACUUUGACAAAUGAUACUUUCUUUUUUUUCUAUGAACAGCCCUUUCCGGUUUAGUUCUUGGGGCUACGAGCCGUUGUUUCGGUUUUUAUUAUUUUAAAUCGUCUCUAAUCCCACAAAAUGAGAAUUUAUAAGGAUAUUAUUACUGGUGACGAGAUGUUCUCGGACACAUACAAAAUCAAGUUGGUCGACGAAGUAAUUUACGAAGUCACUGGUAAACUUGUAUCGAGGACGAUGGAUGAUAUUAAAAUUGAGGGGUUCAACCCUUCUGCUGAGGAAGCGGAUGAGGGCACGGAUUCGGCAACGGAGACCGGUGUAGACAUAGUUCUAAACCACAGGCUAGUCGAAACAUAUGCCUUCGGUGACAAGAAAUCCUACACGUUAUACCUCAAAGACUACAUGAAAAAAUUAGUAGCAAAAUUGGAAGAGAAGUCGCCUGACCAAGUAGAUGUUUUCAAAACGAACAUGAACAAAGUAAUGAAGGACAUCCUCGGUAGGUUUAAGGAGCUCCAAUUCUUCACUGGCGAAUCCAUGGACUGCGAUGGCAUGGUCGCCAUGUGUGAAUACAGAGAGGUUGAUGGAAACCAGAUUCCUAUUUUGAUGUUCUUCAAACACGGCCUAGAAGAAGAGAAAUUCUAAUUUUACAGCUUAAGUGAAAGUUCAUAUCCAUCACAGGCGCCUAAAUUCCAUCUUUUUUAUUUAUUUUUACAAAAUCAUGUCCGCAUCAGCUGAAACCGGCUACUCCCAUCUCAAGGCUGAACAAUUUUGUAAUAUUAAUAAUAAAUGUUACAUAAUCUAAUAAAUUAAUGAACAACUCG